UAGCUUUUAGAAAACAUUAGUCAGUUUGCCUUUUCCUGUUGCGAUGAAAUAAUCCUCCCUGUUUUGACAGUCUCUAGCUUUGUGGAAUGGAAAAUCAAAAUAAACAAUGCAGACCACAUUGAACAUGCUAAUACACAACCUCAAAUGCUUCCUAGGCCUCAGCCAGACGGCUUAUCCAAACAUUUCCUCCUGUUGACUCUCUCUGUCUCCCACGCCAUCCUGGGCUACUAGAUUUUAGAUAGGAACUUCUAAUACACAUUAUAGAGAUUGAAAACAAUUUCAUUAGCACAAACUCCGCUAUCGUAAUUGUAAUCUUCAGUAAAUUAAUGCAAUUAACUGCACUAGGUCUCCUCUGAGCUGUCCCCUCCUCUCAGUGCACAAGCUCAAGCAGACAAGAGGCUCUUGUAUAAAGCUAGCACACAGUGCUCUCUGCAAUGAUAGCCAGUCUAUAGCAUUAACAGGAUCAUGUCACUGCUUCAACUUCAGCUGCUAGUGCUCCUGUGUCUUGGAGCCACAGAGCCACAGUCAGAUUCACAGCAAAGGAAAAGAGGGCCACUUCAGCGCCUUUUCUAUUUGGACAGAAAUCUACUUGAAAGCCAGAGUUUUCAUGAGCUGGUGGGGGAAAACCCAGUAGGUGUUAAGGAAACCCAGGAAGAGCCAAGCUUUUUUAUAGCGUUUCCACAGACAGCAGGAGAGAGUCAGAAGCAAGGGGAGAAAAAAAAGUCCAGAUUCAUCUUUCCUAAUGCAGAACUCUAUGCAAACCAAGAUUUGAGAACCUGGGCAGCACCCAGAAAGAUCUCUCCUGUGGAAAACUUCUCUCCAUCCCAGAACUCCAGUAAGAGGGAGGUUGAACCUCCCUAUAGGAAAGAUGCCAAAAAAUUCUGGGACCAUUUCAUGUUACGGAAGAAUUCAGCUUCUGAAGAAGUUGUUCUGCCAAUCAAGACCAAUGAAAUGCACCAAGAAACCUGCAGAACCCUGCCUUUUUCCCAGAGUGUUGCUCAUGAGAACUGUGAGAAGGUGAUCGUCCAGAAUAAUCUAUGUUUUGGCAAGUGUAGUUCCUUUCAUGUUCCUGGUCCAGAUGAUCGCCUUUAUACCUUUUGUUCUAAAUGCCUGCCUACCAAGUUUUCUAUGAAGCGCUUGGAUCUCAACUGUACCAGUUCUGUCCCAGUGGUUAAAAAAGUCAUGAUUGUGGAAGAGUGUAACUGUGAGACUCAGAAGAUAGAAGAUCCUCUGCUUGGAUCUCUACAGUUAGAUUUUCUUGGAAACGUACCUGAGCAUAAUUAACCCAUUCAAGGUAACUCUGAAGUCCCAGAUCAUACAGAUUUGCCAAGAAAAGAAAAGAAAAAAAUAAUCAGUGAGACAAAACUUUCAUCAUACAGUUACACCAUAAUAUUAAACACAUUGACUUUCUGUUUAAACUGCAUCUCUGCUUUGACAACAACUUUACUUAAAAUUUAACAAAUAUUUCCUUGCUCAAGAUUAUGUGGUUUAUAGGUACAGCCUUAUUUUAGCAAGAUACAUCUUAAAAAGUUUUCCAUCCUUUCUACACCUAACAUCUUAGCACGCUAGGAAAAAACAGCUGAAAAACUAAUGUGACUUAUUUCCACAAAAACCUGAAGUACUAGAUAGUUUAUGCUGCGUUUACUUGCUGAGAAUGCCAGUGUUGUUCUAUUGGUAACACAGAGAAGGCUUUAGUCUCUUCACUGCAAAAACAGGUUUGUUUUCAAAUCAUGAGAGCGACUGGAGAGUUUAAAAUAUAAAUGGAAAGAAGACAGAAAGAGAGCUGUGAAGAGUUCCUCUGAUUGUUCCCAGCUGGAGUUCACUUUCCAGUAAAACUAACAUACCUGACAGCUUACACACUUAAGAUAAUGGUUGCAAACGGUGUUUUGCCAUAAAAACUACUUACUCUCCUUUUAUAAAUCUGCAGUAGUUCUCAUUUUAUUUUAUUGAAAGUUUAACAUAGUAGAAGGAGGAAAAAAAGCAGGUCUGCUUCCACAUGAAACACCAGAAAUUAAUGGAUAGUUAUUACUGUUGUUAUUUAAGUUCACUUUAGAAAGGCAAUAAACAUUUUCUGUGUGAUGAAUUUCAACCUCGACAGUGACAGCAAGAUAAGUUUAAGUAAUGUUCUCAGCAGUUAAACUAAACUAAAGCAAUAAAGAUGUGUAUCUGUGAUAGAAAAAGAGCAAAAUAAUUUUAGAAAGCUUUUUAUUGGAUAAGGUCCGAUUCCAGUCCUUGCCAGCAUACACCAGUGGCUGUUAGCUGACUGCUCGCUUUCCAGUUGCUUCUCCCUGGGUUUGUCUUGCAGCCCUAACAUAUCAGACAUGCAUCAGCUUUCAGAAACCAGACUUCAUCCUGUGUAUAAUCCAACUUCUGUAAUCUGCUGGGAAUAUUGUUCCAGUGCUAUUGCCAAACUAUCAAACUUUUGUUCCUGCAAUGGAACUAUCUGCACCUUUGGGUAUUGGAAAUAAGUAUUGAUACAUCUGGUCAAUUCAAGGUAAAUGAUCGCUUUGUAAAUGGACUGCACAGUGAUCAGAAGUGUCAUAAUAACCUGUCAAAAACAUAUGUUCACCAUGGCUUCAUAAUACAAGGCCCAUGUUUAAUUUUUAUAGAAAAGAGCAUCUGAAUGAUAACCUGGUACAGAGUCUGAACUGCGGCAAUAGCUGCUUGCACAUUACUUGCAGUGAAUGAACAAUAGUAUACAAAUACCUUUAAAUAUAAAGAAAAUUGUUUUUAAAUAAUAAAAAUUGCAUAUUAAAACUGAGCAAAACUUUCUGUCUGUCCUUUUGCACUGAGGACUAACAAGUGGAACUUGUAUGUCUCUUUGUAUAUUAUGGUAUGAUAUAUAAUGUCAUUUCAAAUAACAAGCUGUUAAUGUUUUGUGAUCCCUGUAUCAAAUGCAUUACAUACAGUAAAUAUUUAUUUUAACCUACUUUAACAUUUGUUCUAUCUUUAUUAUACUGAUCAAUAUCCUCAGCUGAUGAAGUGAACUAGCAUCUACAUUCAAAAAUGGGCUAUCACCUUAGACUGAAAGGAGGAUGAGUAAGCUGAAGUUAUGAACAAAGAAAAAAUGUUUUUCUAAAGGGUAGUAUCAGCUAGGAACCAUAUAGUUUUAGAGAACAAAGUAAUGCAAUCUUUUUUCAGUAGCAAUUUCUCCUUACUGGGCACAUCAAACACACAGCCAACUCCAAAAAUUGGUGCUUUGUUAAAGAAUGCUGUAUGCAAGUGGAAAAGCUAAGAGAGUCCACUGUCUCGCUGUGAGGUUCAAACCUCAGUACCUUAUCAAACAUUUUGAGUUGUGAUUACUAACAU